AUGACAAUUACUAUAUUGAUUGGACUCAGAAUUAUUGUUCAAAAUAUAAGUGCAAAACCAGUAGUUUGCAUUAUAGCAGGACAAAUAUGGAAUAGUAAUUAUGUAUUUAACAUAAACGAAUUACCAGAACGUUGUGAUAUACUUACAAUAGGUCAAUAUGCUUUUGACCGUGGUGAUAUAACCAACACGUUUAUAUUGGAAGAAGAUGAAAAUGCAAUUAAAAGCUUAAAAGAAGCUAAUAAAAUUGUUUACCUAAGCCUGGGAUUCAUAAUUGAUUAUGAUGGUUGGUCAAUAUUGAAUCAUUUGAAUACAAAAGAAUAUAAGACUAAAAAAUUUGAUCCAUUAGGUGCCAUAGAAAAUGUGUCUCAAAAAAUAAGCGAUUUUGUCACUCCAAUUAAAAAUAAAGUAGAUGGAUUAAAAGUUGGUAUAGUAUUUAAUGCAUCGCUUCAGGUUUCAAAUAAAACCCUUUUUGAUUUUACAAUGACAAAUGAAAUAAUGGACCAUUAUGUCAUUGAUAUGACAAAUUUAAACGAUUGUGAUGUAAAUUCAAAAAAAUACGGGUUGGAUCCAAUAACUAGUGAAACUAUGACAUCUAUAGAAAAAAUUACAGAUAUUGUUACUAAGUCAACUAUGGAUCAAUCAAAAUUGUUUGCUCUGAUACAAGCAUCUGUCAUACAGCCAGAUGAUCUAGUUGAAAUAGACGAAAAGACUAUCACAACAUAUUCUAGAUAUUGUGACGAUAAAGUAAAUUCAUCUCGAUGGUGUGGAAACCCUUCAAAACUUUCAUAUGAUCAAGGAGCUUAUGUAGCAAAAUUCUACAGCGGAUUAUAUAUACAAAAUCUGGAUACAGAUGAUUACGAAUGCAAAUGUGGUUGUAAAAAAUUUCCAGUUACAAAUUUAAUUAUUGAUGGAUGGACAAAUUCUGAUUUUACAACGUGUCCUAAACUAGAUAAAAUUUAA